GGCACCACACCACAAUGCACACAGUACAGUAAGGCCGGGUUCUUGUCUAAUAUAGUGGAUGCUCUAGAUCUAUUACUGCACUAGCUCAUACAGUUGCACUGAUGCUGCUCUACAUUGUCAUCCUUGGGCUGGCUCUGAGCCACACAGCUCUAUCAGCUCCGGAGGCAGAUGCUCUCAACUUCAUGGUGCUGGGUGACUGGGGUGGGCAGACAUUCUCCCCAUAUACCACCACUGCUCAGCGAGCUGUCGCCAAGGUGAUGGGGGUUGAAGGUACGACAAUUGGUUCGCAGUUUACGUUUGCUUUGGGAGACAAUUUCUACUCGUACGGAGUGAAAGAUGUCAACGAUAAAAGAUUCAAGGAAACUUUUGAGGAUGUGUUCACAGCUCCCUCGCUGCAAUCAAUGUGGUAUGUGGUGUGCGGGAACCACGAUCACUAUGGCAACUGCUCAGCGGAGAUAGCGUAUACCAAACAGUCUGCAAGGUGGUACUUCCCCAACUACUACUACAAGCAGGAGUUUAAAAUUCCUGGCAGCAAUGUGUCCCUCAAGGUGAUGUUCAUAGACACUGUCCUAUUGGCUGGUCUCACUGACCCUCAUGUUCGCUCACGCCUUCCAUAUGGACCCGAGUCAUUCAAGAUGGCCGACGACCAGUGGAUGUGGAUCAACGAUACUUUGGCAGAGUUUUCAAAGACUGAUGGCUGGACCAUCGUCGUGGGUCACUACCCAGUAUGGUCUGUGGCUGAGCAUGGACCCACACAAGAGCUGGUGCAGAAGCUCAAGCCUAUGAUGGAGAAGUAUGGAGUGUCUGCCUACUAUUGUGGCCAUGAUCACAACCUGCAACACCUCACUGACAGCACUAUCCAGUACUAUGUGGUGGGAGCAGGUCAUCUCAUUGACCCUUCUCUGGCACACAUGGACAGUGUUCCACAAGACUCGCUCAAGUUCCACUAUGGUCCUACCUCGGGCUCUAGUGACAAGGGAGGGUUUGCUUCUGUCAGUGUCACCGGCUCUGACAUUACCACCAACUAUUUCGACUACACAGGAAAGCAAGUCUAUCAAAAUGUCAUCAAGAAGGCAUAACUGAAGCUUGAUAGAACUAAAACAUGAUUAAGCUAGUAUCUUUGUAUUGACUCUGACUGAGCGCUCGUGUUAAUUUGUGUGUUUUAAUUAUUGUUUUAUGAAAUUAUUUUCCUAAA